GAAAAGCGUUCAGAGCAGCAGAGAGGGAAGCUCCGCUCGGCAGCUGCGCGGCUCUUCGUCCAGCAUGAAUUCUGUGGGCAAGUCGUGGCUGCUGCUGACGGGUCUGAUCCUGUUCUACAUCAUCUACCUGCUGUUCGGAGCGCUGGUCUUCUCCAGCAUCGAGCGGCCGGUGGAGGAUGAGCUGCGGCGCGACAUGGAGGCGCUCAAAGCGGAGUUUCUGAACCAGAGCUGCGUCAGCGCCGCGUCGCUCGAAAACUUUCUGGUGCGAGUGCUGACGGCCAACAAGUACGGCGUGUCGGUGCUCAGAAACUCCACCGUGACCUCCAACUGGGACCUGGCAUCCUCCAUGUUCUUCGCCAACACUCUGGUCACCACCGUGGGUUACGGUCACACCACCCCUCUGUCCGACACCGGCAAGGCCUUCUCCAUCGUCUACGCCCUGAUCGGAGUUCCCUUCACCAUGCUGGUGCUGACGGCCUGCGUCCAGAGGAUCAUGUACCUGCUGGUCAUCGGCCCCGUCUGCCUGCUGCAGCGCUCGGGCCUGGAGCCGCGACCCGCCACCGUGGUCCACUUCGUGCUGCUGCUGGUCCUGGUGGUCCUCUGCUUCUUCUUGGCGCCGGCGGCCGUGUUCAGCGCCGUGGAGGUCUCCUGGAGCUUCCUGGACGGCCUGUACUUCUGCUUCAUCUCCCUGUGCACCAUCGGGCUCGGGGACUUCGUGCCGGGGACGCAGCCGGGCCAGAAGUACCGGCCGCUGUACCAGGUGGCCGUCAUGGUCUACCUGUUCGUCGGCCUCAUGAUGAUGUACCUGCUGCUGCGGACCUUCCACAAGAUGUCCGACCUGCACGGCCUCACCUCCUUCCUGCAGCUGCCCCGCUGCGAGGAGUCUGACGUGGACGAGGACCGCGAGCCCAUCGUGGACCGGGAAGACCGGACGCCGCCUCAGCCGACGGAGAAAGCCGCCAGCAGACCCCUGGACCCGGGAUCGCAGCCGUCGUACAACACCAUCAACAAGGGCUGAAGAAGCUCUGCCGGUGGGCUGAAUCUUCAUUUUUCCAUCCAGAGAGGAGGCGGCGGCGGCGUAGUAGUAAUAAUAAUAAUAAUAAUAAUAACGAGGAAUUAAGAUUCAGUCCUAUGAGGGAGAAACAUCAAACUGUCCUGGUGGGUUGUCGCACCACUUUCUGCACAUAUAUAUACAUAAAAAGGACCAAACUAACGAGAAACACGCACAGAUGUUCUGAGUCCUCUUCAACAGCUUCAGGAUGAAGAGCUCAAACCAAAACCAAAAACUUUUUGUUUUCCUGUCACGUUGCUGUUCGGACUAACAAACGUCGUCUUCAUGUGCUCCAAACUAAACCUUUUUUUUACACCUUUGAGUGCCUUCGUAUUCCUGGAUAAAAUCCCUCCAGACUGUUUGCCAUCAAGAUUUUAGCGAGAAAUGACCUUUGUGCAGCUUUAACCGUUUCCUCAAAUGUGGAUUUCUGCCGAACAACAGGGGCGUCACUCACCUGGGGCGUGUUUUUUUCUAAAUUUAUCAGACCUCACGAGUUAAAAUAGCAGCUUUGAGACGCACCAAACCCACAUUCGAGCACCGUUUUCCUCCUGCGUUGUGGUGCUGCCCCCUGGUGUCCGUGUGUGGUAGUGCAGUUUCCAGAAACAGCAGCGAAUAGGGUAAAAGGGUUUAAAUGAAGAGAAGCAAGUGUUGUUGUUUUUUUUGUGGUAAUCGAGGGCGUGAUUCAUUUUAAUGGGAAACCAAACACAGCCUGCUCUGUGUCCGUUACAACAUCUGGAUUUCUUCUUACUUGAAAUGCACUUUAAUGGCAAAACCGAGGCGAACAUUGAAAUUAACAUUAUAUCUGAUACUGUAAAAACAAAAGUCUGUCUGUGUUUGUGUGUGUGUGUCGUCGUUGUGCCUUGACAAUCAUACAAUAAAGAGAAACUUGUAUUAUAU